AUGAAAUUAUCAAACCUCUUGAUCAGCGCCAAUACGGCUUUUGCUGCUCUCUAUCCAAGGGUGUAUUACGGAAAUAGCAGUUUAGCGCCAACUUCAAAAAGUACUUCCCUGGACCUUACCACUGUGACCCUAAGUUCUGUCAAUUCGCAAGGUUCUACCAGCACGUAUUCGUCUGAAGCCCUUGUUACUUUGACUACGUUUACUGUCGGAGAUGCAGUCACAAUUGUUACUACUUGGUGUCCCAUGCCUUCGAACUCGGAUAUAUCGUCAAAAGUUUCGGCAACGUUGUCAUCAAGCGACGUAAGUUAUGUAACAACUGAGACCAGUACUUUUACCUCAGAAUCUAUUUCCACGGAUGUGAGCGGUAGUGAACGCUUUGUUACAGCAACAAGCCUUCACACUUACACCAUUACCGUUUGCCCAACCUGUACUCGCCACCCUGCAUCAGCUUCUAACAGUGCUGAACAGAAGUCCGACUCAAUCACGUAUGCCUCAUCAACAAAAUCUUCACUGAUUGAGAGUUCCUCCUCAACAGUGACCAGCCCUUCUUUAUCGUCUUCAGAUAGCGGUACUGGGACAGCUAGUAACUCGGGUGAGUCUAGCACUCAAUCUACAAGUACCCCAUCAGCAAGUGAAGUAACAAACACUAAUUCACAUUCUGCGAUCUCAUCGGUGCCCGAAUCUUCGAAGUCUAAAUUGUCAUCAUUAUUGCUGAGCUCUUUUGCAACUAUGUCAACUCAAUCAGUCACCUCCGGGUCCUCCCUGGUAUCCAACGCAGGUUCUUCUUCUUAUCAAUCAAGUCUACCCCGAGAAUCUAGCUCAAGUCCCUCCAAAGAAUCAGCUUCGUUGUCUUCAACGGACGUUGAAUCGACACUAUCCGCAACUUCCUCACUCCGUAGCACCGACACUGGUUCGCCACUGCUAAGCUCCAUGUCCAGAAUCCUCACAACGAUCACUUCAAGUUCCGUUAAUAGCGCGAGCGCUACUAUCUCUACAACAUUUAUAGCCGAGCAGACUUUGACCACGGCUACUGUCAACGGGGAGACCACUGUUUAUACCACUUGGUGUCCUUUGGAAAGCAAGUCGACAGCGUCGACUCCUGCGGAACUAACAACUGUAACAUCCAGCUCAGUGAACAGUGCAAGUUCCACAGUGCUGACAACGUUUGAAGCUCAGAAGACUCUGACCACGGCUACUGUUAACGGGGAGACCACUGUUUAUACCACUUGGUGUCCUCUGGAAAGCAAGUCGACAGCGUCGACUCCUGCGGAACUAACAACUGUAACAUCCAGCUCAGUGAACAGUGCAAGUUCCACAGUGCUGACAACGUUUGAAGCUCAGAAGACUUUGACCACGGCUACUGUCAACGGGGAGACCACAGUUUAUACUACGUGGUGUCCUUUCACGUCGCAGCAAAGUUCCGAGCAAAGCAUCAUCACCGUUACUUCGACCUCCGUCGAUAGUGCAAGUUCAACCUUCUUAACAACAUUUAAGGCUAGUCAAAGUCUAACAACUGCAACAACAAAUGGUGGAGUGACUGUGUACACAACGUGGUGUCCUCUCGACUCUUUACCAACUUCCUCGCAAAUCAUCACAACAGUCACUUCGACAACGGUUAAUAGUGCAAGCUCGACCGUGCUAACAACGUUCGAAGCUCAGCAAAGUCAAGCGACUACAACAGUGAAUGGUGUUACAACGGUCUAUACUACAUGGUGCCCUCUGGAGACUCGUUCCACAACCUCUGUGGCAUUCAGUACUGUUCUUGCAAGCUCCAUAUCUUCGAGCUCAAGUAUGCCGGAGACCCAUGUAUCGAUCCCUUCAGCAAGUACCACUUCUGGCACUACAAGCGAUUUGAUUUCGGCUCGGUCCUAUGAAUUGAAGUCUUCUCUAGAAUCAAAGACAGGCACGGUAAGCACUGAAGCAUCCGAAACUCAUCAACUUUCUAGCGAACAAACCACCACAACACCACAAGCGUCACUUACUCAAGCUUCGAAUAAGCCCUCAAGCGCCUCUUCGAGUUUAAAUGAAGUUACAACUUUAUCGAAAAGCACUAUUGUUAUCUCAACUCUUGUGUGCUCUUUAGGCCGUUGCCAUUCUACUCUCCUUUCACUUACCCAACCUGCAACUUCAGAAACUAAAGUUGUAAUCACUUCUUCAGUCUCGCUCUCUUCUGCUUUUCCAGCCUCUUCAGCACCAAAGACCAGCGCCACAUAUUCCGUCCCAUUGACGACAACUGACACUACUACUUGUACUGAAUCCAGCUGCAUAUUAUCAAGUUCUACACCGUUCACUGUCUCUCUAAAGAGCUCUUCUUUGCGUCUUUCUUUUACGACAAGCGGGCCUAAUGAACAAUUUUCGAGCUCCGCCAUCACACUUUCAACUUCAGAGGCAAGCUCCUCAAAAUGUGAUUCCUGUCACGUCGAAUCCAAAUCAACAGCGACGACCUUACAGCCUACAACUGAUUUCGUCAGCGUCUCGUCACCACAACUCUCGUCAACAUUUUCAAUUAUUACCACAACUAGCGGAAGUGUUAUCACAAGACUAUACAACAUGGUGCCCUCUUACUUCGGCUCCAUCUUCGAGCACUUCUGUAACGCAGUCAACUAAUACUGGUACCACAACACUGGCAGCAAAGACAUUUUCCUCAACCUCGACGGUACCAACGGGUAGUGAUGUUCAAAGUAGUCAAACUUCGAGCACUGAAACAACAUUAACUUCAGCACACACCAGCACUUCAACUAUGCACCCCGAACUCUCUUCUAGUUCAACCCAGUCUACAACUCAUUCUAUUAGUGUUUCGUCGACACAGGUCUCGUCACCACAGGUCUCGUCAACAUUCUCAAUUAUUACCACAACUAGCGGAAGUAUUAUCACAAGCUAUACAACAUGGUGCCCUCUUACUUCGAUUCCAUCUGCGAGCACUUCUGUAGCGCAGUCAACUAGUACUGGUACCACGACACUGGCAGCAAAGACAUUUUCCUCAACCUCGACGGUACCAACGGGUAGUGAUGUUCAAAGCAGUCAAACUUCGAGCACUGAAACAUCAUCAAAUUCAGAACAGACCAGUACUACAACUACGCAUCACGGAGCUACAUCUGUUUUGAGCACUUCAGAGGCAUCGAUUGAGUCUAGUGCAUCAACUCUUACACCACGCAGCUCUACCCCUACCAAGCCUGUGACAAGUUCGCCUGAAAAAGGUUCUGAUUCAAUAAGCAGUACCACGACUGUACCGUCUGCGGCUACUACUGUUGUUAGCUUUUCAAGUACAGGGUCUUUGCCAGUGAUUUCAUCAGUUUCGUCAGAGGCCACAACUUUCAGUCCAGUAACCAUUACAUCAAACACGAAGGUCAUAACGGAAAGCUGCCAGUCGUGCACAGAUCUCAGUAAGUCUACGCAAAGCAAGAGCACUACAGAAUCUUGUCAAUCCUGUUCGCAAACUAGUGAAAUACGCUCCAAAACAAAUUCCAUCGAUACUUGCUCGUCCUGUUCGCAAUCCCUCACAAUCACGUCAAGUAUAACAUUAACCACAACAUGCUCGACUUGCACGCCUGCCGCCACAACGCAGUCUUUACCAUCAAAUUCUGAUGCACGCUUAACCACCUCGAGCAGCUCCGGAACGUCUCAGAGCACCUCAGUUCAAUACACUUCGAAAAUUGUGACAACUACAAGUAGUGGAGUCAUCACCCACUAUACUACAUGGUGUCCAUUGACAGAUUUUAGUUCGGUUGCGGCUGGCUCGGCGUCCUCCACCUCUGCUCAAGAAGAAUCGAAAGCAACUACUGAACAAGCGUCAAGCGCAUCAACUACUGGUUUGUCAACUAUACACACGGUCGUGACGAGCUCAAUAGCCACAACAUAUAGCACGUCAUCUACCAUCUCUGUUACCACUGUGCUGCCAUUUACGCUAACGUCUACCAGCAGUAACGGACAACUAGUAACAGUCGUAAGCUCACGUUCAAGCGUAAUUCCAACUGUUACGACGAUGUUAUUCAGUACACACAUUCCUGUUUCCACCUUCUCCACCACCAUACCGAUUGGAGCAGGCUCUCAAUCGACUGUUAGCGGUGCCGGUUCUUCGACAUGGGUCACCACAGCCGCUAUUUCAACAUAUGAAGGCGCCGCCGCGGGUACGCAAUUGGGCGGGUUUAUAAACACAUUGGCGGCGCUGGUACUGAUGCUGCUGAUUUAG